ACAAAUAGGAUGUGUCACAUAUUGAAAGAAUAUGCUUCUAACUAGAAUAAGGGCGAUGUCGUUAAUCGUCAUUGAUUUGCUCUAUACAUAUUACUUUUACAAUUAAAAUAAUCUUUGCCGUUUACUUGUGUUGAAUUAACAUUUUGCCAGUCACAUAUACAUAUAUUACUGCCGGAGUAGCAGAAAGUUGCUCAAAUUAUAUCGACAUAUUCCGCCCACCGUGUUGAAUUACGGAAGACAGGAAAUCUGUUAUUUCACAGUGUUGCUAACGCACGAAUGCUAGCUGCAAGACAAACAAUCCAGCUAAUAAUGAUCAUAUGAUUUCAGCGAUGGAGAAUUUAGAGGCUACUUCGGAGCUUCAAUCCAGACUGACAUCACUGUCGGUUUCCUCUUUCCCUGGGAUAACGUCGAUCAAGGAGAGCAAUCCGUUGGACAGGCUCCAGAGUACAGACCUCUCAAAAAACCCUUAUCACCCCAGCAACGCUGAUAUGGACGAAACAAACGACAAAGGGGCCAGCCAUUCUGAUGAGGAGGCUCCUGAGCAGCAGGCCAUGGGGGAAAACCAUGAGGAGGACAGCAGUGGGGAUAGUCAAAACCCUGGAGAGAGAAAAGUCUAUGGUAUUCCUCAAGCCCAAUUGCCGCUCCUGAAGCCUCCCUCUACGUGGACGUCCCUGGCAGUGAAGGAGCUCAAGGCUAAGCUGCGACUGGAGAAGGACAGUGUGGUGACAGUGUACCGGGGAGACAUUAUGACAGUGCACGUACCCACCGUCCCUGAGGGGAAGCGGGUGUGCUGGGAGUUUGCAACCGAUAACUAUGACAUAGGCUUCGGAAUCUACUUUGACUGGACCCCUGUCACCUGCCGGGCCAUCACAGUUCACAUCAGUGAGUCCAGUGAUGACGAAGAUGAGGAGGAUGAGAUAGAAGCACCUGCCAACACAGGGGAUGUUGAGAAGGGGUCCAAAGCACUGGCCAACUCCAACCUAGGUGAAAUUCUACCUGUGUAUCGUCAGGACAGCCACUUAGCAGUCCAAGGUGGAAGUCACGAGUAUCCAGGAGAGGGCACUUACCUUCUGAAGUUUGAUAACUCCUACUCAUUAUGGCGAAAUAAGACUCUGUACUAUAGAGUGUAUUAUAGUGCCUAAGGAACUGUAAAUGUCAACAACUGCAUAUGAAUGUAUAGCUUCUGAGAAUUAUAUCUAUUUUUGAAUCCAUGGAAUAUGUUAUCGCUAAUUAUAGGUGCAUAUAUUUUUUAUCACUAUCAGCUUGUGGUGCUUGCUCUCAUAGGCCACACCUACAAUCGGAAAGAAAAAGAGAAUUUUGAAAUUGGACAUUUUUCUCCUGUUUUAAUGUGUUUAUGAAGCCUUGUGUUUGUGUCAUGUCAUGGUGUGUUUAAGUAUGAGCGCUUAGUCAAAGCAUAGUACCAAUAUUUUAAGCAUAUAUAUUCUAUAUGUACAUGUGUCAUAUAUUGUUCAGUCAAAACAUGUUUGUGGCAACAGCAAUCAGUGAACAGUAACAGAAGAAUAUCAAGCAUUUGAGAAAGCAGUUGUACACAAGAAGGCUUAGAAAACAACUUUAGCACAGAUGUGCUUUGGUUGUAGAUGUGAGGCAAUAAUGGGUUAUAAACUUUAUAUUAAAACAAUGUGAAAUUUUCAUGAAACACUUCAAUUUGAUAAAUGUUCUCUAGUCAAACCAUUUUCUAUUCGUACAAUGUUCUCUAUUCAUCCAGUUCUAUCCUUCCACAAGGAAAUCAGUACACAUGCCACCUGCCAUUCGUUCCAUUUGCAUUGUUAUUGUUUAAACCCACUGGGUGAUCAUGCAAUUCAUUCAAGUUGCUAUUUGCAUUGUGCAGACAGCCAGGCUCAGUCCUUGUUCCUGAAUUUAGUGCAUCUGGGUCACAAAAUGGGCCGUAAAACCAUUGCCUGACCUUUUUAAAUUAAAGGGGAAUAAGUGAAAUCAUGAAACAGAUUCAUUUAAAUCGCCCAUUUGAGGAUAUAUGCAAACUCUUCCUCCCUGCCUUUCAAGCCAACAUUACCUAUUGGAGAGGCAGACUGCGAAGUGUUUACAAACGCCUGUUGUAGCAAUCUAAGUGCUGACAUGCUUUUUAUAUUGUAAAUCAAGUUUAUGAAAUACUCUGACUAGGGUGACAGUCUAGUGAUUUUUCAGAAAAGUAUACAAAAACCCUAUUAUGUGUCAUAAACCUACCCGUAGUAUAUAUAUUUUUAGCACAGCUCAUUCAACCAAUCACAGUGCUUAUUUUGACCAACCCAUUGUAAAAAUAAUCAUAAUUGCACAGUCACGCAUUUAGCACGGCUGUGUGGAUCUCUGGUACUCGGCUAUUGCCUCAAAUCUAUGGCUGAAGCACAACUCAGUGCUUUGUCUAAAACAGUAAACACAGUCAUGUCGCAACAUGUUCCUUGAGUCACAAAUCCAUGUUUGAGUGAUGAUGAAAAUUUGUGGAUUUAUGGGUAUCAACUACAAUCACAGAAAGUUAAAUCUACAGGUAAACGUUAUUGAACUUCACUUUUAAGCAAGAUAGGCCCUCCAAAGAACUGUGUUGUUUUUCUUUGUGUCUACCCUUACUUUUUUUAAUCAUAUAACGUGUACUUGAUGUUUCCAAACUUUUUAAAAUCUUUUUUAAUUUUAAUUGUAUGAUACUGCAUAGGGAUUAUCCUAAACCAUUUUCAGUUGUUUUUUUUCUGCAUGUAGUGAUUGAAUGAGUAAUUAUGUUGAUGAAAGUAGAUUGAAUGUUGCUCUGAGUCCCAUGCUAAAGCAAAUGGUCACAUGCUGUCUUUUAUGACACAAAAGCUAUCCCAUAUCACAAAAAGCUCUUAUUAUGUAAUACUAGUUCAAUAUUUACAUUGCCAAGUCAUAUUUAGUUUGCUGGUUGUCAAGCGGUGCAGGUUGAUCUUGGUGGACAAUCUUAGAAGAGACGUGUAGAACAGAUUCAAUGUAUUUCCAUGUACUGUGAACUUGAAUUGUCCCUUUAAAGUACCAUUUUAUGCACAGAUCUCUGUAAAGGAAGAUACUUUGUGUGUGUCUGUGGCUUGUUGUGUAACGCUGUGUACACCUGAAUAUGUUCUGUUUGAUUAUAGCUUCAUGUACGUCAUUCCAACAAAUACUAUUUGUUCCUCAUCGGUGUUGUGCAUGUUUCCAAAGACAUGAGUUGGGCUGCUAAACUACUGUAUAAGGCAAUUGAAAGUUCCUAAAUUUGCCAUGCUUUGUACUGUUACAUGUGUUUCUGUUUGUCAUAAACUUUCCUCAAAAGUUUUUUUUUCCACAAUAAAGACUAAAGUAUCUUUGCACUA